GUCUUUGUCUUUUUCAGACUUCUUUUUCUUCUUCUUCUUUUUCUCUUUGUGUCGUUCACGUUCGAGGUCGGAUCUGUCGUCAUAGUAGCUCGAAUCGUGGCCGGAACCAGAGAGCUCUGUCACUUCACUCCCUCCCACUUUGAGUACAAGCUUAAGGGGCUUCUCAAGUGCCAUGUCUUCAUAGUCUGCAUGCAAGACAAAAGUAAUGGCAAUUCAACUAGGAAGAUAAACGAAGUGUUUUGAUGUUUGUGUUGUUACGUGAAAGAGAAAUGCGGACUCAUGUAUUCGAAUGGAACUAUUUCCUUGUACACAAAACCAAAGUUACAGGUAUCGUUCUGCCAAACGCACAUUACUAUUUCUAUUACAACAAAACGGAUCGAUCCGGAAUUCUACAAAAAAGACUUGCAACCGAUGAAAAUCAAAUGGAUUCCAACUGGAUGCCUAAAUGAAUGAGAUCCAUUUUCAUCUGAUAGCCGCCGAGAGCUAAGCAGAACAAAAGCAGCAAGAAAAAAAAACAAUCUUUCACAAGAAUGGAGAUGGGAGACCGUACACAAAACAUCCACGUGGAGGUUUGCGUAAAAGCACGAAGUACUGCAAAAUGGUCCGAAGUAAAGCUGCAUGUCGUGGCCUUAAUGGAUCGACACAGUAUGGUGUUUGGGAAUUACAAAUGGACCACAUUUGAUGAGGAGUUCCUCGCCAACCAUGUCGAAUCUGUGGCCAUUGUUGACGUAGAGACAAUGAGCCGCCAGCCCCUUGACUUGAGGAAUUGCUCCGUCUUUGUUCACAUCUUUGCUCUGCAUGAGGAUGGUCCCAGCACACUCAGUCUGGAAGAGGAUGAGAGUCUUUCUGCUGCAAACCACUGGUUGCUGCCUGCAGUUGAAUUUCAUGGCAUUUGGGAGACUCUGGAGUAUGACGAUGGAAUCAAAACCCAGCUGCUGGAUUAUGUGACAACGACAAUUCACUUCUCAGACAAACAUGUGGACAGCAACGUCAUCUGCUGGAAUCGUGUUGUGCUGCUGCAUGGUCCGCCUGGGACAGGAAAGACAUCCUUGUGCAAAGCUCUAGCUCAGAAGCUGUCGAUCAGGCUCUCCAACCGGUUUUCUUACGGACAAUUUGUUGAAAUAAACAGCCACAGUCUAUUCUCAAAGUGGUUCUCAGAGAGUGGCAAACUGGUGACAAAGAUGUUCCAAAAGAUCCAGCAGCUAGUCGAUGACAAGGAUGCUCUGGUGUUUGUUCUGAUUGAUGAGGUGGAGAGCCUGACAGCAGCUAGAAACGCCAGCCAAGCAGGAACUGAACCCUCAGACGCCAUCCGUGUGGUCAACUCUGUACUUACUCAGCUUGACCAGAUGAAAAGGCAUUCUAAUGUGGUCAUCCUGACGACGUCGAACGUGACGGGGAAGAUUGACCUGGCGUUCGUGGACAGGGCUGACAUCAGGCAGUUCAUCGGUCUUCCGUCUGAGAAAGGAAUCUACAGCAUCUACCUCUCCUGUUUGGAGGAGUUGAUGAAGUGUCAGAUCAUCUUCCCACGGCACCAGCUGUUCAACAUCUUUGAGCUGGAAACGAUGGACUUUGCACAGAGCGAAGUUUCUGAACACAGUCUGGCUCUCUGGAACAUUUCUCUGAAGAGCAAAGGCUUGAGUGGAAGAGCUCUCAGGAAGACACCGUUUCUAGCUCAUGCCCUGUUUGUCCAGACUCCUACUGUGACUCUGGAAAUGUUUCUGGAGGCUUUGGACCUGGCAGUGAAGAAACAGCUGCAGGAGAGAGAUAACUUGGUACGUGGCUGGGAGCAGUGGAAUAACGGCAGCGGUGCCAACGGUGAUUCAGACAGAGCCGGGCCCACACUGCAGUCAUGUUCGCUCGCAGGCCCUGGAAACUCUGGUCGCUUGCAGCUCUUCUUCUUUGUGUGACGUCAUCAUCAGCCAACACUGCAGCACGUCAAGGAUCAAGUCAGGUUCAGAGCGUCCUGCUGGUAGUUUAACUGAGACACAUGCUGUCCAGGAGCCAAAAAUGAAAACCAGGUGUGGAUUACAUGUUGGAGUUCAAUGAACGAACAUCGGACGUUGAAGAGAGGAAGCUGAUGAUGAAGCUGUUCCACGGCCCCACGUGGUUUCUGAUGAUCGAUUGACGGCCUGGCUUUCUGAUUUCCAUGUGGCCUUCUUCAACUGUGCCAGGAAGAAGAGUGAAGAGCCGGGCCCACCUCAUCCUUUGGGUUAAUUUUCC